AUGGCUCCCACAGUACAGCCACCCCCCUCGCCGUCCCUGGGCAGGUGCCCACGCCACAGCAGCUUCAGCUCUAGCGACACGCUCAGCAACGCCUUCAAUGCGACGGAAGUCCUCAUGAAAGGCAUGUUGUUCAAGCGAGGUCAGGGAGGGUGGUUCCACCGCAAGACAUGGAAGGUUCGUCAUGUAGUGCUCACGAGCUCCGUGCUGCGUUACUAUGAACUGGACGUGCGCAAAGGCGAACUCGACUUGCGCGACUGCUCGCCAUCGUCCAUCCAAGCUCUUCCCCGUGAUGCCACGUUCACAGGGACGUACGGCACGCUGUGGAGGUUUGCCGUUCAAACCCCCAAACGCCGCAUGCUGUUUUCCGCCCCGAGUGAAAUGGAAAUGAACGAAUGGGUGCGACACCUGCACUUAGCACUGGCGAUUCAGCGCAAUGAUUUUUCUACGAUCCAGCGUUUGUCAUCAAUCCCGACUCGAUACUCCGUGCGGGUGCCGACUUCACCCCGUGGCCGCAAGAUCAGCAUAGCGGGGACACCUCUGCCAGAAUCCCCGAAAGCAGCGCAGCCGGACGGAAGUCACGCCGUCGUUUUGCGAGCGUAUCGCAAGUGUACGAGUGACUUGGAGGCAUUCGUGCAUGCAGUAGUACGCAACCCGUGCGACUUAAUUGAAGUCGAGUUCUGA